AUGGCUGUUCCUCAACAAACCGGCUCGAUCACCACGGCUGCAGCUCCGGCGGUGAUCACCCAAGGCCCCGAGCUCUUAUGCUCAGAUGGACAGACUGCCGUCUACACGACAGACUGUACAAUGGGAACCCCAAUCUCGUAUUGCUUUAGCCAGGAGCCUCCACUCGAGUGCCCACAGGGAUCCUUCCCGUCGGUUUGGCAUCCAGAUCAUUGCAUGGAGCAAUCGAGCUGUUUCCCUCUCAGUGAACCCUGGAUCACCACGAAGUGCUCGAAUGGGGCUAUCCCGUAUUCGACGUCGACCAUCUACCAGGGCACGUUGGUGGGAGGAGAAUCGACUGUGAUUAGGGCUACUGUCCACGGUGACGACCUCUGUGUCGAUCAAUGA